AUGGUCAAUGCUUCUAGAAACUGCACACGAGACACGGAUAUCAUUGACCAGCUCCUAAAUGGCACGGGCUACAACAAAUUUCGGAUACCACAAAAUGAUGGAAUGACUGUAACUGUGGAGAUAUGGAUUCAAGCGAUUACUUCCGUGGAUGAAAUGACGAACGAUUUUGAUAUGGACAUCUACAUCACGGAAAGGUGGCUGGAUCCUGCACUCAACUUUGAGAAUCUCUCGCCUUGCAAAGGUAUCGAAAUCGGGGGGCUUGCUAAUGGAAGCGCAACCGCCCAAGCAACCAUUCGAAAUUUCAAAAGAAUGUCAAAAGAAGAUAAGUAA